AUCAUUAAAAAAAAAAACUACAACAAUAUCGUCGAGAGAUUACAUAUAUCUCAAGCAAGAAGAAGAAGAACUACAGUUGGGGCCCAGCAUCUUGGUUAGGCGCCAUGACAGCGACGUCUUCGACGACAGCUGCGUCAACGCCGGCAGCGGCAGCGGCUGCAUACGCAAUGAAACGCAGUUCCAGUUCAACGGUUAAGCCCCUCUUAGCGAUUUUAAGCAUUUUCACAUUGCUGCAUAGUUCGCAAUCGCUUCAAUUGGGUGAUAGAUGUCAGCAUGAUAUGGAUUGUACAGACUUCAUAAAGGGCAGCAGUUGUUCAUCGGAAGGCUAUUGCGAGUGUGCGCCAUAUUUUGUACAAUUGGAUAACCAAAGAUGUUUGUCAUCUCAAUUGCUGGGCGGUGAUUGCCAACUGAGUGAGCAAUGCUCAAUGAAGGUGGCCAACAGCAGCUGCUUGGAUGGGGCCUGCCGAUGCGUCGAGGGAUUCUUGCAAUUCCGCAAACAUACAUGUCUGGGUCCUGCCCAUCCUGGAGCUGUUUGUUAUAGCCAUGCCCAUUGUCAAAUGUUUGAUAGCCGCACCCAUUGCGAUUUUUUAAUACCAAAUCUGUUUGGACGUUGCCAAUGCACUGCGCCAGCCAAAAUGGUGGGUGGUCUAUGUAUAGCCCAGGCGGCAGAUGAAAUCGAUGAGCAGCAGCCAACGGUUGAGAAGGCAAGCACCACAUCCACCACAACGACUACGACAACAACACGAAAGACCACCACAACGCCAAGAACAACAACAACCACAACAACACCAACGCCCACAACAACAACAACAACAACAACAACCAGAGCAACAUCUGCCCCAGAAUCAACCUUCAUAUUGGAAGAUGAACUACCAGCUAGCGUGGAAGAACAAACUCUUGAAGAAGAUGAUAGUGAGUCUAGCAAAUUGCGACCAGAAAUCAAUGACUUGGAUAAUGGUGAGAAAUUGGAAACAGAAGCCAUUGCCAUUGAUAUGGCCCACGAAGAGACCGAAUUGACCCAACAGCAGCAAUUGGAGGAGGAGAAUCUAAUCAAGCCCAUGUCAGAGAAGAUCCCAGAAUCGUUGCCACAAACAACCACGGGCAGUCAACAGUUGCUCACUCCCGCCGAUGUGCUGCCCACUGAAAAUGCGGAGGCUGUCGAAUCGGAGACCGAAACGGCACCCACAGAUGAUUAUCCUUAUAAAAUUGAUGAGGAAUAUGUCGAGGAAAAUGAAAACAAACCCGAAACUCAUGACAAGCCUCCAUCCACCCAUGCCGAAGAGGAGGUCAAUGAGGAAGUUGUUGAGGAAGCUUCUGGGUCAGAUGAUACCAUGAAAUUUGAUUACGAAGAGGAGGAGCACCAUCAUCAACAACAACAACAACAUCAAGACGAAGUGUUGGAGGCAACCACCCAGAACUAUCAACUUGAAGAUGAGCAAGAAAACGAAAAGGAGCAUGAAGAUGGAGAGCGGGAACCGGAGACGGCUGUUGUUAAUGAUGAAUUGAUACCCGUGAAUGAAAAUGUUGGAGAAAUUGAAAGUGUGACUAAGGUGUCAAACAUUGAGCAGCAGGAAGAGGAGGCAGAAGAGGAGCAUGCCCAGUCUUCUGGCGAUGAUGAAAUGCCACAGCCACCAACCAGAACAGAAGAGCCCGAAGAAACCGAGGCUAGCCUGGCAGCAACUGAAGCUGCAGAAAUUGAGGCAAACGAGGAGCAGCAGCCGGUGCAGGAGCAGGAGCAUCAGCAAGUGACCGCCACUGAAAUCGAUGAGGCAGAACAAAGCGCCGACAUCAAGCCGACAAGUGACGAAGAUGAUUUAAAUGAAGCCAAUCAAUUAAAACCAGAGCAAGAGCAAGUGCAAGAGCAAGAGCCAAUUCCAGUUCCUUCACUAGCUGAAGAAAUUCAUGUAGAUGAUCAGGUUGAAAUAGAUGCCACAACAGAGCCACAACAAAUCAAGCAACAAGAGGCAGAGGCAGAGGCAGAGACUGAAACAGAAACAGAAACAGAGACACAGCCUGAGACGGAACCAGAGACAGAGGUGGAGCCAGAGACAGAGACACAGCAAGUGGAAGCAGAAGCAGAGGCGGAACAAGUGGAGGCAAUCACCGAAGCGGAGCACGAACAAUUGACAUACCCAACAAAUGAUGAUGAAUUGGCGCCAGUUGAUGCUGAAGCUGCCACCGCAACAGAAUCGCAACCAGAAGUUGCCAAUCUUCAUAACGAACAAGAUGAAAAGAAGACAGAGGCAGAGGCAGAGGCAGAGACUGAGACUGAGACCGAAACUGAUGUUGAUGUUGAGGAGGAGCCUAAGUUACAGGAGGUGGAGGAGGAGCAGCCAGAGAAGGCGGUGAAUGAGGAAAAUGCAAAUGCAAUUAAAACGCCCGAAGUGUCGGAAGCAAUUGUACAGCCCCAGGCCGAGAAGGAGGAGACGGAAUCCGAAUCAGAGACUGAGCCAGAGACAGAGACAGAGAAGGAGGUAGAGACAGAGGUAGAGGAAGAGGAGAAGGAGCAGUUGGAGGAUACGGUACCAGUUGACAAUGCUGCUGCUGAUGAAGGUGCUGCUGACUUAAGUCCAAUUAAAACUGAAGCAGAUCAACUAGAGCAGGAAACCACUGAGGCUGUCACAGAAACUGAGACUGAUCAUCAUCAUCAUAAUGAUGAAGAUGCCGCCGCUGCCGAGCUAACCACAGAUGCUCCCCAGCAAGUGGUUAAGGCCGAUGAAGUGGAAGCCGAAGAAGUUGUCACCAGCGCACCAGCGACCAGUGAAAGUGGCGAGAAAGAUGAAAUUGAUAAUAUCAUACAUGGCGCUGAACCAAAUGUGGAUGACAACCAAGAGAAGCCGGAAGAGAUAAAAGAUGCGGAUGAAACACCAUUUGCAGCUGUUGAUGAGCAGGUGGAAGAAUUUGAAGACAAGCUGCAACCGGAGCAGGAGAUUGAGCAGAUAGUCGAAGCCGAACAGGAUUACACGAGCAUAGAGCAUUUGCAGGAACUAGCCCAGGAAGAGGAUAAGAAGCGAGCGGAGGCCCAACUGAGCACAAUCGAAGAGGAAAAAGAAGAGGAGCCAAGCGAAUUGAAAAAAGAAGAACUUCCUCAAGUAGAACAGAUUCAUGAAGAAAAGGAACACGAAGAGCCAAAAGAAGAUGAAAAGAAGGAACAAUUAGAUCAGGUCGAAGAUGAAAAGAUCGAAGAACCGCAAACAGAAGAAGAUGAAAAAACCGAGGAACAUUUACAGGAAGCAAGCGAAUCGUCUACAGAUGCUGCCCCGGUAGAGGAAUCAGUGGCCAAUGAUGAGGUAGAAGAGACAGCAGCAGCUGCUACCGAAGCUACAGCCGCUUCCGAGAACGUUGAGGCACCCAGCGCCAUUGUGAGUGAAGAGCACGAGGAUCAGGAUAAUUUCAAGGAAAGCGAUAGCAUUGCAGAUAUCCUAAGUGAUCUGAUGUUGGAGGGCGAUAGCACUGUGCCCCCGGUGCCAUUUGGUGAGCAACCAUCUCAGACAGUGCCAAUGCACCAGGAGAACACUAACAACGACCAACACAACGAUGACGCGGAGAAGGUAAAGGAGGAGGAACAAGAGGAGGAAGAGAAGAAGGAAGAGGAAGAGGAAGAUGAAGUGCCAGCACAAAUGCCUGCUUUGCUUGAUCUCCUGGCCGAGGCUGAUGAAACCCAUGAUCAUGCUGAAGAACAGCUCCAGCUCCAGGAACAAUCCCAUCACGAACAGCAGCAGCAGCAGCAGCAGGAGAAGGAUGAGGUUGAAUACGAAGAGGAAGACGCUACCACUCCCUUGCCUUCAAAUGAUGAUGAAAUUCCAGAAGUUCCAGUCGAGGACGAAAACAAACCAGAACAGGCACAGGAACAGCAGGAAGAGCAUGAAAAGGAAGAUGAAGAGGAACAGCAAAGUGAAGUAGCCACAGAGUUAGCCAAUGUAGAAGAAGAGGAUCAUACUCUCUCACCUGAGGAGUUACCUUUCGAUCUCUCGGAUCACUCAAAUGCCAUACGUCUGCAGGAAUUGGAAUCGGAUAAUCUAAUUGUAGAAUCAACCACAUUGGAGAUUGAUAACAAUCAUAUUGAAGGAUUAGAAAACGAUAACAUCGUUCAUCAUCAUCAUGAUCAACAGCACGAAGAAGAGGCCACUCCCAAUCCAGCUGAUAUAGUAGAGAUAACCACACAGACAAUGCUGGGCUUGGCUAGUCGCGUCACCCUUAUGGAACCCGCUGCACCGAUAGUCACCACACUGAAGCCAUUAAUGACCAGUUGGACCGAUGAGGAAGCCACACCCGAGCCAAUAGCAAUAAGCUCUUCGUUGGCACCUACCGUGAUGGGUUCCAAGCCCGGUUCGGAAUUGCGCAAACGUGUGGAAUUGGGUUUGGAGGCCAUCUCCUUGGGUCUGCCCUGCUCGACCGAUCGCCAAUGUCAAUUGGCUGAUCCUCAUACCAUCUGCAAUGGACGUGGAGUCUGUGAUUGUGCGGCCAGCGGCGAGGCGGAAGGCAACCAAUGCAGUGCCAAGCAAACGGGUUGCAGUCCAGGAACCUUCCAGUGUCGUUCCAGUGGUGUUUGCAUCUCGUGGUUCUUUGUCUGCGACGGUCGUGCCGAUUGUAAUGACGACUCCGAUGAGGAAUGCUCGCACAAUGCCCGCCUCAAUCAGACCUGUCCCCAGGAAUCAUUCCGGUGCGAGCGCAGUGGUCGCUGCAUCUCACGGGCCGCCCUCUGCGAUGGCCGCAAACAGUGUCCCCAUGGCGAGGAUGAGCUCGGCUGCGAUGGCACUCUCCGUGGCGGCAACACCUGUCCCGAGCACACGUUCCGCUGCAAGAGCGGUGAAUGCCUGCCCGAGUAUGAGUACUGCAAUGCGAUUGUCUCCUGCAAAGAUGGCAGCGAUGAGCCUCCACAUUUGUGUGGCUCCCGGGCCAUGCCCAAUCUCUUUAUGCGACUAAUUGAGGCUGGUGGCCUCUUGAAUGGCGGCAGACGGGAGGCGGACGCCUAUUGUCCGCAUCGUUGUAGCAACGGUUUGUGCCGAUCCACGGCCAUUGUGUGCUCCGGACGAGAUGGCUGCGGUGAUGGCACCGAUGAGCAGACCUGCGCCGUUUGCCGUUGCCCAGCGCCCACGGCUGCCAGUUUGCCUACUUAUUUGGCUCGGCAACGUCCCAUGCCUCUCUGGUAGACACCCACACACACAGACACACAGACACACGAAACACUCACACACACACACACACAUAAUAAUCACUAUCAUGAUCAUCAUGCUAUAUACACUGUCGAUCCUGACGACUCUAACUCCUAAAACUGCCUUUUGAGGAUGUCAACACAGAAACAAUGAACAAUCCUCAAUUGAAUUAUUUAUUGGCACGCCCAUUGGCCAACUUGCUAGCAAAGGGCAGAUGCAAAUCUGUUAGAUAUAUAUAUAUAUAUAUAGA